AUGUCCGCCAAUCUUCCCAACCAACCUUCGUUGCCGCCCAGUCGGAAUCGCAACUCCCUCCUGUCCAAGUUUCGCUCCCCGCUCGGCCAACGGAACCGCGGUAUCACAGACUUUUACAUCGAUCCCGACGACCCAUGGCGCUCAUACUUCCCCGGCGAUGUCAUCAAAGGCACCGUCGUCGUGACUGUCGUCCGCCCCGUUCGCAUUACCCAUAUCGUCGUAUGCCUUCACGGUUAUGUGAAGGUGUUCAAGAAUGCGACACCGGCUGGAGAAGCAACCCCCGACUUGGGCUUCUUAGGACCAGGGCGGGGCCGACGCGGUGCGGAAUAUAUGGGCAAUGGGCUAGCAACCUUGUUCGAGGAUGAGGUCGUUUUAUGUGGCGAUGGACGUUUGAAGGAGGGCAUAUACAAAUUCCGCUUUGAAAUGGGGCUGCCUCCUUAUGCGCUCCCUAGCAGCAUCAACUUCGAACGCGGCAUCAUCGGCUACUCACUUACCUCCACCCUCACCCGACCGACCACUAUGAACCCUACACUCACCUGUCGACGACGGGUCAAUAUUUUAGAAAAUAUCGACAUUUCCACGUUUCCGGCACCAAAGGCUCGAAUAGUCACAUUGGAGCCUAUUUCAAAACGUUCAAAAUCACGCGCAAAAGCAAAAUCAACGAGCUCCGACGCAACAGCUGGACCCGACACAUCCUCUGUUGAUACCCCUAUCAGUGGUGCGACACCCUCAGUAGACGGGAGACCACCACUUAGUCCUUCACCGAGCAAUGUGAGCUCGUCUAGUCGACCAAGCAACAGCAGUCAGAGCUUCAAGGUCGUCAGUGACCCUAGCUCAUCUGCCAGCACCAGUGGACGAAAUAGCGAAGGUCGCAGCGAGACUCCUUCCGUUACCGAUAAAACCAUCACAGCAAAGGCUGAGCUCUCGCGCGCCGGCGUGCUUCCGGGCGAUACCUUGCCCAUCACAGUUACUAUCAACCAUUGCAAACAAGUGCGCAGUGCGCAUGGAAUUAUGGUCACUCUAUAUCGACAAGGUCGCAUUGAUCUUCAUCCUGCAAUACCAGUCGGUUCAACAGCCGCUGGGAAAAAACCGGUCUACGAAGACUGCUAUCCUCGUUCACGCACUGGACUUGGAGGACUCACCCUUGGGACGAGUCGUACCAGCAGCACCUUUCGCAAAGACCUGUCGCAGACAUUUGCUCCGCUCAUCGUUGAUCCGAGCACAAUGACUGCUAUUAUAAAAACUUCCAUCCGAAUACCCGAGGACGCGUUUCCAACCAUCACCCGCGUACCAGGAGCCAUGAUCAACUUUCGUUACUAUGUGGAGGUUGUAACAGACCUGCGAGGCAAGACCACUACUCCCGAUCGUUUCAUCCCGCGUUUCAACAUGGUAUCGGGCGGAACUACUUUCUCGCCAAGUGGGCAGGUUCUCAAUCCAGCCGACGCGAACAACGUUACUACCAACUGGGCUGGUAACAUCAUGGACACAGAUGCAAUCCGCCGUGAAAAAGGGGUAAUUUCAGUUGCAUUUGAAGUUGUUGUUGGCACUCGUGACUCGCAACGACGCAAGUCCAUGAAACGUACCUCCUCCACGGCCGCCGAAUCGACAACGUCACAACCUGCGCCUGCGGCAUCUACAAUGCUUGUCAACCCCGUUGACGGGGAAGAAUGGCCUGAAGCGAGCCCAUUGCCUAAUUCACAAGGCGAAUACGGGGCUCAGGAUGAGUACUUCCCUGACGAGGCGCAAUGGGCAGAGUAUCCCGAAGAAUACCCUGAACAGUUCCAGUCAAUUCACCCCAUGGUUGCACCUCCUGAGGAGGAGGAGCCUGUGGAUGAGAAGGCUCGCGUAAGGCGCCAUGAGGAAGCCCUUUUACCCAGUCAACCGCCAGAUGAAGCCGAGGUAGGACCGUCCAACUCCCAAAUGGAUGUUCCGACCGCGCCAGUUUUGCCAGAUGAUCAUCAUCUUCAAGACUACGAGCACCUCCCAUCUCCAGACACACCUGGGCAGCCGCAUACGGUCCGGUCCGCGGAGUCGCUGCAGACCGUUGUGCCAAACGGCACUCCUGUCGGUCCCAGCGAGCCACGCGUGUCCGACGACAAGCAAGAGAUGGAGCGUCACCGACUCCAGGAGCAGGCGAGUGCACCUCAAGAUGAAACCGAGGAGACCAGUGCUGGACCAAGUGCACCGGUCUUCGACGAGGAUGAUCAAUUGGUCGGCGGAACUGCGCAUGCGGACGAGUCGUUGCCUCGGUACCAGCGGUGA